AUAUUGUGAAGUAAAAUGCUUUCAGGCAUGGCCAUCCUCAAGACAGCAGCUCUUCUGUUACUAAUCGUCUAUUGUAUCUCCACCUACGAGAACGUUCAUGCUGCAGAAGACCUCAACCUUAACGCCAGUAAAAUCGAUUGCAAGGGGAGAUGUAUGUAUAGAUGCAGCAAGGCGUCGAGGGCAAAGAUGUGCGUAAGGGCAUGCAACACUUGCUGCGUACGUUGCAACUGUGUGCCUCCUGGAACUUCAGGGAACACUCAUCUCUGUCCGUGCUAUGCCUCCAUGACCACCCAUGGUGGCUGUCUCAAGUGCCCUUAGAUCUAUUAUAUAUACACAUAUAUAUCGUCAUCCGCAUGUACACACUUUUAUUUAUGUAUAUAUGUAUGUAUCUUUUGUCUCUAAGUUUCCAGUUCUAUGUAUAACUUCUAAUGUAUAUAUGUAUGUGUAUAUGUACAUAUUGGGUUUCCCGACCUGGGCGAAUAAAUCUCUUUCCCGUCGUACUUCGAGACUACUUUGUAUCGGUUCGAUCUGAAACGGUUUUGUUAUAUUAAUUCUAAUUGGUUCAGACCGGUUCGGUUUGGUUCCUGAACCGAACUGUACAAAAUUCGAACCGAUGCGUUUUCUUUACUUUAUAUCUGUUCGAUUUUAACCAAUAAAACAAAAUCGAACCGAUACUCCUUCAAUCGGUUCGGUACAAUUCGGGAGUAAAUUACCUGAACCGAAAUGGCCGGUGAUCCGGUUAGUCAAAUUCCCAUGUCUGGGGAACGACAUCGAUCGUUGGUGUUUCAUGUUUCCUGUUUC